UGUGGUGUCUGCUGGUGCCAGGAGAUUCAAGGUGAGGUGGCCAGGUGGAGAGGUCCGGAGUAGCGGAAAGUUGAUGGGACCCGGCCAUCGAGGAUCCGCCCGCCUGCGAGAGCUCCAGCCAGGAUGAUCGAGGUUGUUUGCAACGACCGUCUGGGGAAGAAGGUCCGCGUUAAAUGCAAUACUGAUGACACCAUCGGAGACCUUAAGAAGCUGAUUGCAGCCCAAACUGGCACCCGUUGGAACAAGAUCGUAUUGAAGAAGUGGUACACGAUUUUUAAGGACCACGUAUCUCUGGGGGACUAUGAAAUCCACGAUGGGAUGAACCUGGAGCUUUAUUACCAAUAGGGCAGAAUUCCUCCUCCUUGUCCUUCCCUCUUCCCCCACCCUCACCCCCCACACUAAUAUGGAUGCUUGUGUUUGAAAACUCAUGUUAAUAAAAACUUAGAGGCUGCUU